AAUAUAAUACUCUUUUUUCAAAAGAAAAUACUGUAUGAAGUCUGGUGGGUAAAGUUGUUUGACAUAUUCUGUAAUGAUUACAUAUUUAAAUGAAAUUCAUAUUUAGUAUAUAUAUAUCAAAAAACAUAUUUGCCAAAAAAAAAGAAAUAAUGAUAAAAAAAAAAAAAAAUUCUUCAUGCACUUCAGUAAAACUGCUCAUUAAUAGUAAGUAUAACUAAAUAUUUGGCUUUUUACUCAUUAGCCACAUCAGUCCACACUGAAUGUUUAAAUCCUUUUAAAAAAGAAUGAAUAAUUAUGUGAAUGAAAUGAAUAAUAAAAAAAACCCACUUCAUCACAUGCACAUGCACACACACAUAUUCAUGCACACAGUAUUAUGCUUUCAUGAAUCCUUACUUUUAAGUAUGAGUAACGGUAAUGUAUCAUUGAUAUUGUUGCAGUGUCCACUAUUCUUUAUUUUUUAAUUACUGACUUACCUGUAUCCCACAACCUUAGGGUCAUCUUCAACUUCAAGGGCUUCUUUAUCAAGCUCAGACUUACUGUCACAGUUAACCAAUAACAACAAUCAAAAGUCCUGUAGUGCAAGUUCAUCUUCUGAUGGGGUUCCUAGUUCCUGCAGCUUAAUGGGUCCUUACUCAUGUGUAGCAGAAUUAGGUUCUAGCUCAAGCAUGUCAAGUAAUAGCCAUCACACAAGCUCAAGUGAUACUCCUGCGUGUAUCCAAACCUCAGCAUUUAGUAGCUCAUCAAUCUCAACAUUUUCAGAGGAAAGGUCAGAGAGUCUGGUUCUCUCUCCUGAUUUUAAUUUUUACUCAAGUAUCUCUGGUAUUAGCUGUAGUAGCAAAGCAAGAAUAGUUAAGAGUAAAUCAUCAGAUUAUACGAGAACCUUCAGCACAUCCAGCUUUAGUUUUUCUUCAAGUUCCAGUCUUAGUAUUUCUUGCCCAGAAUUUAGUUCCAGCACAAGCAUUUCAAUUAUUAGCAGUUACACGAGCUUAAUUUCAAGUACCAGCAGCUUCAGCAGUGAAUUAUCUGACAGUGUAAUAAACUCUUCAGAUUACAGUUUUUCCUCAAGUAUCUCAAGCAAUAGCAAUAAUAAAAGACUAAGCCAAGGAAACAGACCAUCUUCAGAAAGUAUUUUGAAAAGCUCUUUCUGUAGUUUACUUUCAAGUUAUCCUCUUAUUAAUAAAUUCAGUUAUAGCUCCAGUUCUGUCUCAAGUAGUUUUAAUGGAAGUUCAAUCACUGAGCCAAGUAUCUCCAGCUUCACAAGUUUAAGAUCAUUCUCAGAUAAGUUCACUUUUGGUUCAAGAACUUUGAAAUCCAGCAGUUACAGAAGUUCAAGCAUCAGUUCUUAUGGUUCAAGUUCCAGUCAUCUUAGCACACUAGAAUUAUGUUCUUGUUCGUCAUGUUCAGCAUUUUCAGAAAGUAGUGAAACAUUGAAUAUGAUAGUCUUUCCAGACUCUAGUAUAUUUUCAAGUAGCCUCAAGUUUAAGCCCAAGUGAUACAUCUUCAUUGAAUAGCAUUCCUAAUCAUCUUAGCAUCUUGAGUUCUGGCCCAAGAAAUAGUUACACAAAAUCAGCAUCAAGUAGUUCAUCAAUUUCAGCUUUCUCAGAUAGUAAUGAUACAACUGACAAUAUAAUCAUUCCUCCAGAUUAUAGUCUAUUUGUGAGCUCUCCUAAAUCAAGUUACAGCUCAAGUCUGGUAUCGUUUAUUAGUUCCAUCUCCUCUGGUUUUAAUGCCUGUUCAGAAAAAUUCAGCUUCAAUUCAAGUAUUUUGGAAUCAAGUCGACUCAGCAUUUCUAGUCUAAGUCAAGUGGAUAGCUCUAAGGCCAGUGCAAAUGGCCCUCAAAUUGGCCAGGGGACGGAUGGUAGCUCCAGUAGUUCCAGUAGAAGUUAUUCCAGUAUUCCAAGUGGUAGCUUUAGCUCAAGUUAUAUCAGUAGCUCGUCCAUUAGUCGUGUCAAAGCAGAUGUACCAAAUGGCAUGCAGUUCGCUUCAAGUAGUUACAGUGCCAGCAGCUCUAGUAUCUCAAUCAAGAGUUGUAGUCCAAGUAUUUCAAAUAGCUACAACAGUUCAAGUGUAUUUAAGGUUAUAAGAGACAUAGGGCAUGCAGAAGCUAGCAGGGCAGGCAAUCAACAAGGUCAUGGUAUGUUAUGUCCUAAUUCUCCCAUAUAUAUAAAAAAAAUAUGUAUAUAUAUAUAUAUAUAUAUAGAUAUAUAUUUAAAAACCUGUGUGUGUGUG